AAAUGACUUUUUUAAUGCUUUUAUAGGAAUCAGUGCAGUUCUGUGAGGGAUGAUUUUAUAAUGCUCUGCAGUGCUGAAGUAUUGCGGUGUUGAUAAGGAUCAUAUUGGAUCAUCUAUCAUAUGAAAUAAGGUUGUUCUCGGUGUUAGUGACUAAUGUCAGCCAUCAAGCAAGUCUUCAAUGAAGCUGUUGAAAGAGUCAAGUCACCUACUCCAGUUCGACUGCGAGACCUCGUCCGGAAUAUCCGUGCAGCCAGGACAGCUGCAGAAGAACGGGCAGUUGUGAACAAGGAGUGUGCUUACAUUCGGUCCACUUUCAAAGAAGAAGAUUCUAUAUGGAGAUGCCGAAAUUUGGCCAAACUGCUCUACAUCCACAUGCUAGGCUAUCCAGCUCAUUUUGGGCAGUUGGAGUGCCUGAAGCUGAUAGCAUCACCACGUUUCACAGACAAGCGCAUUGGGUAUUUGGGUGCCAUGUUGCUUCUAGAUGAAAGGACAGAUGUCCAUUUGUUGAUCACCAAUUCCUUGAAGAAUGACUUGAACAGUUCAGUGCAGUUCAUUGUGGGUCUUGCACUUUGUACAUUGGGAGCAAUUGCAUCACCAGAGAUGUCAAGAGACUUGGCACCUGAAGUGGAGAAACUCCUCAAGUCUUCAAAUGCUUAUAUAAAGAAAAAGGCUGCUCUAUGUGCAUUUCGCAUCAUCAGCAAAGUCCCAGAUCUCAUGGAGAUCUUCAUUCCUGCCACUCGUUCUCUACUAUCAGAAAAGAAUCAUGGUGUCCUCAUCACGGGUGUGAUACUGGUGACUGAGAUGUGUGAGAAAAGUCCAGAUACGCUUCAGCACUUCAAGCGGACUGGUGGGAAGGUGGGUUCAGAUGACAUGGUGUUGGUUCCAAACCUGGUGAGAAUCUUGAAGAACCUCAUAAUGUCUGGUUACUCUCCAGAGCACGAUGUUUCCGGUGUCAGUGACCCUUUCCUUCAGGUCAAAAUUCUUAGACUAUUGCGACUCCUGGGUCACAAUGAUGCAGAAUCUAGUGAAGCCAUGAACGACAUCCUGGCUCAGGUUGCAACAAAUACAGAGCAGAGCAAGAAUGUAGGAUAUUCAAUUCUCUAUGAGACUGUGAUGACCAUCAUGCACAUCCAGUCUGAGAGUGGACUUCGGGUCCUGGCCAUAAACAUUUUGGGGAGGUUCCUACUGAAGGAUGACAAGAACAUACGUUAUGUAGCCCUCAACACACUGCUCAAGUGUGUUCAUCAUGACAACUAUGCUGUUCAGAGGCAUCGGGGGACAAUUCUUGAAUGCCUUAAGGAUCCAGACAUUUCUAUUCGUCGGAGAGCAAUGGAAUUGUGCUUUGCUCUCCUCAAUGCAAGCAAUAUCAGAAGCAUGGUGAAGGAGCUGCUGACCUUCCUGGAAGCAGCAGAUCCAGAUUUCAAGGGUCCCUGCUCCUCCAAUAUUGUGUUGGCUGCAGAGAAAUAUGCCCCUGACAAGCAGUGGCUCAUCAAUACGCUUCUUCGAGUACUGGGUGCUGCAGGGAAUAAUAUUCGAGAUGAUGUGAUAGCCAUCACGAUCCAGUUAAUUAGUGAGAACUCUGACCAUCAGAUGUAUGUGGUAAAGAACUUAUGGCUUGCCAUGAGCAAUUAUUCUGAGCAAGAACCCCUUGUUCAAGUUUCAUUAUGGUGCUUUGGAGAAUAUGCAGAGAAUGUCCUUGCUCCUUCUGAUGAUACACAAGAGCAGGUGACAGAAGAAGAACUGUUGACCUUCUACCAAAGGAUUCUGUUUGGUCAGUAUAGCAUAGCCACAAAAGAGUACGCUUUGAAUUCCCUCAUGAAACUGAGUGCAAGAUGCAGCCUUACAAAUAUCAACAAAGUCAAGGAACUGAUGAGCUCAUUUGCUUGCCACAUGCAUAUUGAGCUGCAGCAGCGAGGUGUGGAAUUCUCUCAGUUGUUCCGCUUUCAUGAUCACCUCCGUGGUCCCCUCUUUGAGAAAAUCCCUAUCCUUGAGAAAUCUACUUCUUCCACACGGGAAACUAGCAGCCCAGUUACAGAGAAGGCGUCAGAGGAAGUCUCCUUACCAAUACAAAUUGAAUCUAAUGCCUUGCUGGAUUUGAUGGGAGGUAUGGAAACGGGCCAUGAGGACAUAGUACUCCCAAAGCCAAAGGCAACUAUCCCUACAAUUAACUCUAAACCUAUGAACAACGACAUAAUGGAUUUGCUGGGAGGCCUUGGAUCAGCACCUGAAGAACCACCACAGUCAUCUCUUAUUGAAGAUUUUGCCCUUAUCACUAAUUCGCAGCCCCUUGGAAAAAUCUCUGGAAUCACAGCCUUCAGCAAAGACAGCCUUUCCAUACAUUUCAACUUUGAACGAUCACCUGAGAAGCCAAACAUCUUGAGUAUUAAGAUGACUGCCACCAAUGAGGGUCCCAUCCCAAUGACAGACUUCCUCUUCCAAGCUGCUGUUCCCAAGACAUUCCAGUUGGAAAUGCUGAACCCUUCAGGGAAUGUUAUUCCUCCUUCCAACUCGGAUGUUGCUCAGUUGAAGAUGCGAAUCAAGGUCUCCUACAAAGUCAACAAUGAAGAUGUGAUGCACCAGGCAGAGGUCAAUCACUUCCCACCUGCAUCAUGGCAGUAAUUUUGCAAGCAUCAAGUCAUCUCCCACCUGCAGUAUUUCAAGGCAUGUGUUGUGUGGGGAGCAGGUGACAGACUCUAAGUGCCUCAUCUCCAAAACAAACAAGCAGGAAAGAAAAAGACUCCUCUUGCCUGCUUAAGUUUAAAUUCAAGAAACCUGAUUGUUGAAGAAGUUUUAUUUAUGUAAAAGCACACCUUUUUGAAGUUCACAGAAGUCCACAGUAUGUGCCAGAGACUUGUAGCAUCAAGUCUAAUGAGUUCUUUUGUGGUUGUGGUGUACUGGCAGGAGAUGCAUCAUUGCCCUGUUAGUCAUCUUGAUUGAAGGUGAAAGAAACCUGGUCUGCUGGAACCUUUUUGACUUCUGCACUAAGUCAUACAUCCUGCUUUAGAAUUGUGUUCAACUUAAUAGCUGCGCACUUCAAAGGCUUUGGAGACCAAGAUGGUUUGGUUUUACUCUGGUUGUGUGGCAUUUAAUGAUUUGACAGGGAUGAAAAAUCAUGAGAUUGUGUUUUCUGAAACUGCAGAGAGCAUUCUCAUUUCUGUCCAGCACAAUGUGAUCAAAUCUGCCUUCCACUACCCCACUUGAUCUCAGAAGAGGAAUAGUUGAAGGCUAAUGAAAAUCUGUUUGGUGUGUUGACAAGUUGAUGCUGCUGAGAUGACUUUUGUUAUUCUAUCUUGCCUUGGUGGCUCAAAUUACUUCAAUAUCACUCUCAUAGACCAUGAGAAUUAAGUUGCUGCAGAAGAAAGGGGUCUUGCCUUUGGCAAAUUUUUUUUUCUUGAAAGGUAUCCAGAUUGGAAAUAAAAAGCCAAUGAGUAUCACAUACUAUAUAUUGCA